UAGUGAAACUCCGUCUCCAAACUUCUGCAGUGAAAACAGCCGGAGACUUUGAUCUGUAUUUCGCUGACUAUACUUUCUUUCUUUCUUUUCUUUCUUUUAUUUAAAAAAGAAGCACUUGUUGUGUUCAGGAUGUGUUUUGCAUGUGUUUCUGAAAGUGACACGCAGUUCAUGUCGCUUAUUUAACCCUAAUGGAAAUGUCCGACGGGAAGGCGAUGAGCCGAUCUGGAUUAAACCCUGUGCAUUACAAAGAGCAGUUUCUCUGGGGGUUUGUUCAGGGAGAACUCUCCACUUUGUUAGAUCUGGGAUGGACCGAGAGAGGAGUUCUCCACUAAGUCAUCUAAGGGAUAACGAUUACUGUUGGUGAUUCAAGCCAGUUUGUUUCAGAUUUUACUAAGAGGUCGCCGCCUUUCUCGACCUUUACAGCCAUUAUGUGGAGUUUUCGGCUUUGUGGCCACCUCGCAGUUCUUGUAGCCGGCAUUAUACUGCACAUCUGUAGUCACACAGCCAGAGGUCUUAAUGUAUGUGUCAGUGGCAGUGCCACAUCGUGUGAAGAAUGUCUACUGCUUCACCCGAGCUGCGCCUGGUGCGCCCAAGAGAACUUUGGAAGGGGAAGGACAUUCAUGUCACAAUGUGAUUUGAGCCAGAACUUGCUGAAAAGGGGCUGCAAGGCUCGUUAUAUUGAAAACCCAAGGAGUUUCAGUUCCAUCCUCAAGAACAAACCCUUGAGCUCCAAAGGCUCAAUGUCUGCCCAGUAUGACGUCAUCCAGAUCCAACCACAGAAGAUUUCACUCAGUCUAAGGCCGGGUCAUCAGACCUCGUUUGAGUUGCAGGUUCGCCCUGUUGAGGAUUAUCCUGUUGACCUGUAUUACCUGAUGGACCUCUCGCUGUCCAUGAAGGACGAUCUCGAUACCAUUCGCAACCUGGGAACAAAACUGGCUGAAGAGAUGAAGAAGCUCACUAGUAACUUCCGUCUUGCCUUUGGGACGUUUGUGGAUAAGAACUUGUCUCCUUUUUCGUACACUGCUCCCAAGUAUAAGGAGAACCCCUGUAACGGAUACAAGCCAUUUCCAAACUGUGUCCCUUCCUUUGGGUUCCGUAAUCACUUAUCUCUGACUGACAAAGUGGAUCGUUUUAAUGAGGAGGUGCAGAAGCAGGUGGUGUCACGGAACAGGGACGCGCCUGAGGGUGGAUUUGAUGCUAUUUUACAGGCUGCCGUCUGCAAGGAGAGAAUUGGUUGGAGGAAGGAGGCCUAUCAUCUGCUGGUCUUUGCUACAGAUGAUGUACCCCACCUGGCUUUGGAUGGCAAACUAGCAGGCCUCGUUCAGCCUCAUGAUGGACAGUGCCACCUGAAUGAUGAAAACGAGUACAGCGCUUCAACCAAGAUGGACUACCCUUCAUUGGCUCUCCUUGGGGAGAAACUGGCUGAAAACAACAUUUUCCUGAUUUUUGCAGUGACUAAAAGACAUUAUGUUCUUUAUAAGAACUUCACUGCAUUAAUUCCAGGAACUACAGUAGAGAUUCUUGACCAAAGCUCAAAAAACAUAAUACAGCUGAUUGUCACUGCCUAUAAUAACAUCCGCUCUAAGGUGGAGCUGAGUGUAUGGGAUCAUCCUGAGGACCUUAGCCUGGCCUUCACUGCCACGUGUCAAGAUGGCAAGCCUCUUUCAGGCCUGAGCAAGUGUGCUGAUUUAAAGAUUGGAGACACGGUCUCCUUCAACAUAAGCGUGGCUGCCCAUAGCUGUCCUCCUCCAGGCACCCAGAAGAGUUUCACCAUUAAGCCUGUGGGCUUUAAAGAUAGUCUGGAAGUCUCUGUGGAUUAUCAGUGUGAUUGCAACUGCACGCGCUUUGCUCAGGCAAACAGCAUCCACUGUAGCUAUGCGGGCACCUACACAUGCGGCACAUGCCACUGUAACCCAGGCUACCAUGGCAAAAACUGUGAGUGUGAGGAGGAAGAAGUAGGUAGCCUGAACCUCGCUGCCUGCCGUGAAGCUAAAGGCAAACAGGUGUGCAGUGGGCGCGGGGAAUGCAGCUGUAACUACUGCCGGUGCUAUGAGUCUGAGUUCGGCAAAAUCUACGGCAUGUACUGCGAGUGUGAUGACUUCUCCUGCGCACGCCACAAGGGCAUUCUUUGUUCAGGUCAUGGUGAUUGUCACUGUGGGGAGUGUAAAUGUCAGGCUGGCUACAUUGGAGACAACUGUAACUGCUCAAUAGAAACAACUGGGUGUGUCUCAGAAGAUGGCAGAAUGUGUAGCGGACGGGGCAGCUGUGUGUGCGGCCGCUGCCAGUGCACUGAGCCGGGGGCAUUUGGGGACUUGUGUGAGAAAUGCCCCACCUGUGGUGAUGCCUGUGCCGCAAAGAGGGAAUGCAUCGAGUGCACCCUCUUCAACACGGGGAAAUUUGCAGACAACCACACCUGCCAGCGCAUGUGCAAGGAUGAGAUCAUUGUCACAGAGACUCUAAAUACAGAUGACCCAAGCACUGUACUGUGUUUGUAUAAGACUGAGAAUGAAUGUGUGAUGAAGUUCACCUACUCUGAACAUGCCAGUGGCCAGUCAAUCCUCACUGCUCUGCGUGAGCCAGUGUGUGCUGCUCCCCCUGAUGCUAUGACUGUGCUGCUUGCGGUUGUGGGCAGUAUCCUGCUAGUGGGCAUUGUGCUGUUGGCCAUGUGGAAGUUAGUAAUCACUGUCCACGACCGGCGCGAGUUUGCCCGCUUCCAGAGCGCACGCUCGCGGGCACGAUAUGAGAUGGCCUCCAAUCCCCUCUAUAAACAUCCAGUAUCGACUCACUCGGUGGAGACGGCAUUCCAGAUGUACAGCAAGUCAUAUAACGGAGGACUUCACUGAUCUCAGGCCUGCUGGUUGGGGUGGGGACACGGCAGGGCCGGUCCAGUUGACACAGUUUACAGUUUUGUGAUGGGGAACAAAGGUGGCCCCUUCAUAAAAGACUUUAUGACAGCAAAGUGCCAUUAGAGUCUGUUCUGUUUUUUUUGUGUGUGUGGUUCUUUUCAUGAGGUCUAAUAACUGAAUCACAGCUGUACAAUAAGCUGGACUGCUUAUGCUCAUUAGUUUUCUCUGAUAGAAGACGUACUUGGAACAAAUGAAGAUCUUUUGCUACAAGAGUGAUGGACUUCCAAAUGAAUGGAUUCCUUGAGUGAAAUUGCCAAUUCUGCAGCUCUAACCACAAUUCCUCCACAUUGAGGAUGCCAUGUGCAUUACAUUUUACAGAGAAAUGAGAUGGUGAUGCCUUAAAUAGUACAACUGUAUAGACAAGCAUCCUAUAUUUUAACCAUAUUUGGAACUAACAGAGCAAUAACUUUCUUACAUUUAGUUUUGCACAUUGUAUGGGUUUAUAAAAUGGGGGGGGGGGGGGGUAUUAAAUGACACUCUCACUAGUUGUUUCAUACUUGCACAUUUUUUUCAUUUAUAGUCCUCCAAGUGUUCUGAAUGAAUUGAAGAUUGAAUCAAGUCCACUUAAGGCUGGUGGUUAACACAGCUUACAGUUUUGUGAUGAUAUCUCAGUCCAGCUUACACACCCAUCUCAGUGGAAUUUGAGUUGGAGAGGGAAUAGACUAAAGGAUCAAUUCGGAUAUGUAAACUUGACCCCUAGGUUUUGUAUCCUAAAUAGUGCGUUAGGCCAAUUUAGGUCAGUCAUUUACUGUAAUAAUAAAAUGCCAGAUGUCCGAGUAAGUAAGAUUUUAAUUUGCACUGCAGUGACAGUAACAUCCACUUGUUUCUCCGUGACUCAAACAGAUUAUCUCAUGUUUGUGCUCAGCUGAACCCGGUAUGAGUUGAAGGGGAAAAAAUGGGUAAAUAAAGUAUGAGAUUAUGUCUAAAAAGGCAGCAGUGACUUGGCACUUCAGAGGGAGGGUAGGCCUGAGGGGCUAAUGACUGCUCAGACUUUUAUGCCUGGACUUUUACAGUAAAUAGUAGGAAAUGAAGUAGGGUGUGUGACAGUAAAUUAAGUAGCAAUUUUCCCAUAGUUGAUUGUGUAUGGGUGAUGUUGGUGAACUGUAAAAGACUGCAGUUAAGAAACCUACGGUGAUAGUUCAUUCAUAUUCUUUUUAGCUUUCAUUAAUAGCAGCAGCAUAAUCGGUUAGGCUCAAAUAAAUUGAACUCAAUUUAUGCCCUGCAUUUGUUUACACAGGAGGCAGGGGAACAUGUUCAUUUCAAAUAUAAUUUUCCAAUAAAUGUGUAAAUUAACCCAUGUAAGGAAUAAAACACCACAAGAAAUGAUCAAUGACAGGAUGGCUAUCAUACCAAAGUUGUCUAUUUUCCAAUUUAACAAUUUUUAUCUAAAAAAAAAAAAAAAGUCAUACAUUUUAUGGUUACAGUUAAUGUUGUGGAAAAUAUUUGUUCCUGUUAUCACUUCCAAAUGUAACAGCUAUAAACAGAUGUUCCCUGA